UCUGGACACUUGAUUAACUUCCACUCAUUUCCUCCCGAAAGCCUCCUCCUCCGUCACCAUUCCUGUCCAGAGGGGCUCCGCGGGCUUCCUGUCGACCCUCCGUCCCCGGAGAAAGUGGACGGUGGUCCUGCUGGUGAUCGUGGCGAUGGUCCUGAUCGCUCUGGCCGUGGCCGUCCCGUUACUUCUGCUCCGCGCGCCGGACACCUCUGCGUACCACUACGAGAUGAUGGGCACCUGUCGGAUGGUGUGCGACCCGUACACUCCCAAACCUGGCGCCACAACCAUGGAGGUGAUCCAAAACGGUGUCGCUCCGCAGCCCCCCAUGGCGCAGGGGAGCCGAGGGGAGCCGGGAAGAACGGGGAAAACGGGAUUGAGGGGCACACCGGGAGCACCAGGACCCCCGGGUCCGAGGGGCCCCCCAGGGGAGAGAGGAGUCAGGAAAGUCGCCGCGGUGACCGGAGCUGACGGUUCUGAUAACGCAGAGUUGGAAAGUGUGAACUCCACGUCCAGCGGAUUCAAGAUCGCUUUCUACGUGGGUCUGAAGAACCCACACGAGGGCUACGAGGUGUUAAAGUUUGACGACGUGAUAACAAACCUGGGGAACCGGUACGACGCGAGCACCGGGAAGUUCACCUGCCAUGUGUCCGGGAUCUAUUUCUUCACCUACCAUGUGCUGAUGCGCGGAGGAGACGGGACCAGCAUGUGGGCCGACCUGUGCAAAAACGGACAGGUCAGAGCCAGCGCCAUCGCUCAGGACGCAGACCAGAACUACGACUACGCCAGCAACAGCGCCGUGCUGCACCUGGACUCUGGAGACGAGAUCUACGUCAAGCUGGACGGAGGCAAAGCUCACGGGGGGAACAACAACAAGUACAGCACCUUCUCCGGCUUCAUCUUAUACCCCGACUAAACACCGGCGGCACAGCAUGGACAUUAGCACUGAGAACUGUUUUCAUUAAAGUAUAUGGUCCAAUGUGUUUCUCUACAUGGGAUUAUCUGUACGUUCUGUUCUGAGACCUUUUGUACAUGUGUUUCAUUUAAGUUCAGCUGUCGUCAGAGUUUGUAUCAGACCUAAAGUGACCCCAUACUUGCUCUGAGCGGAGAAGCCAUCAGAAGUUCCUUUGACACAUUUCAACAACGCUUGCGGGAACAGGCCACACCAGCUGCUCACUCGGUGUAUUAAUGGUGUCUACUAUUUCAGGCUCGGACGGCAAAAUAAAUCCAUUGAAAUGUAGAGAAAAAUCAUUUUGACAGCUUUUUUUCAAAGAGUUGAGUCAAGGCCGGGUCACACCAGCAUGAAAAAUGACAUUUUAUGUCAAAUCAUUUGACCAGAAUCACCACGAUAAGUAGAUUCUUUGGUGGGGGAAAUACAUGGAUAUUUUUCAAAAAUGUUCAAAUGUAGUUACCUUUGUAGUGACAGACAUUUAUGUUGUUGACCUUUAGGGGAGCAGAGCUAACGAAUGCAAACUAAAGGAAGCUAAUGUAUAGCCAAUUAGCUGUGCACUAAUUUAACCUGCUUUGAUGAAGUAUAAAUAGUUUAACAUAAGAGACGUGGUUUGCAGACAAUUAUGACAGUGUGUUUGUGAUGGUAAAUGUGGCAAACCAGGAUAAAAUCCAACAAGAAGGGAUACUUAUCUACUGGUAAUCGGGGAGAAAUAUAGUUCUUAAAAGCUAGUUGUCUCUUGUUUAAAAAACCUGCAAAUAAGUGAGGUUUUUGGUGGAAAAGGCGAUUAGCAAGAGAAAUGCCAGUGGACAGGAGAAAAUGGUUACCCAGUAGGAUAGCAUAUUAGCUAAAGUGUUUCACCAAGUAAUCAGGACGUAAUCAAGUUCCUACCACCACACAUUGUGCAGACUUGUUGAUAUGCCACUACUUGGUGUGACCAGGCCUUUUACUAAUUGCAUCACAUCUGAUUUACUACUGUAUGGUAACUCAAUCACGCCAACUUGCAUCCACAUGAAUUUCCUUCAUUCUUAUUUAUUUGUUGCUCUAAUGUAAGCAUAUCAUCAGCCAUCAUUCCUGGUAUCCUUCUUGCAAUGUUUCAUGCACUUCAGUUGGAUAAGCUGUUUUAAAAGAAGUUGUCUGAUUGGUUCACUGGAACACACUUUAAAAUGCAUUCAAUAAGAUACAAAGAAAUGAAAAUCGAGGUCAGUUUAAUUUGCUAUUGCAAGCAAAAUCGUGGUGCUUUGAGUUCAAUGUUUCACUAAAUGUCCCAAUAACCACGACACAAAUGGAAGUCUUGCAAUUGAUAUUGACUCGGUUA